UAGACAAAAACAUUAUUAGAUAAUUGAAAAUGUUAUGCUGUUAAAUUAUUAUGCAAAUAUGGAAAUUACAAAAGUUUUUGAAGCUUGUGUUAAAGCAGUUCGUGUAAAAAAAAAAGAAUUUUCACCCACAACAAACAUCUUACCUAAAUCAAAGAAAAAUCGAGAUACAUUUAAUUCUCAUGCUCAAGCUGUUGUGCAAAGCAUCAGUCAGUUGCGAGAUUUUUUAAUCACAUAUCAGACAGAUUAUCUGAGUGAGUUUAGUCAUUUGCCCUCGUUAUCUGGUAAAUUGACUGAUAUAGAACGAGACCAAAUUGACAAUGAUUCUCAAAAAUUGAUGAAAUCAUGUUCAACAGCAAUCGAAUCGUUAAAAAAUGAAGUAACAUUUGGAAACAAUUCUCAAAGUAGAUUACAUUCAACUGCUGUUGUGGAGCUACUGCAGACUUUUUUAAAAGAUGUUUGCAGACUAUACAGUCAACUUAGAGCAUAUAGAGUCAAGUUAGCUGUUGAUAGAAAAAGAAUGGCAUUGUUAAAUCAGUCAAGACAAAAUGACAGAUUGGAUGUUGUUAAUAGUAAAACAGAGGUUUUGAAAAAAAUAUUAAAUGAAAAAGAAUGUGAUCAAAAGAUUUUUGAUAAAAACAAAGACAAACCACUCCAAGAUGAAAUGGGGAGAGUUGAACAGAAGAAAAAAGAAGUUAUUAAAGACACAGGAAGCAUCGUGCAUGACUUUGAACAAGAAGAAUCUGAAGAUGUAUAUAAAUUUACCAAAGAAGAAACCCAAUUGUUUGAGGAAGAAAAUGAACGGUUGUUUUCAGAAAUGAAUACAAUGAUGAAAGAAGUCAGGAAUAUUGAAGGUAAAGUUAUUGAAAUUUCUCAACUUCAAGAAAUUUUUCAAGAAAAAGUCCUAGCACAGUCGUCACAAAUCCAGAACAUUCACAAUAGCGCAGUUGCUACCACCGAGAAUGUGAAAGAUGGGAAUGAACAAAUACGAGAUGCAAUCAAAAACAGUGCUACAUUCCGCGUUUGGAUUUUAUUCUUUCUAGUUAUGUGUACUUUUUCUUUACUGUUUCUCGACUGGUACAAUUAUUAAGUUUCAUAUCGCGCAUAAUUAUGCAGCAUAAUUAAGUUUCAUAUCGCGCAUAAUUUAUUCAACUAAAUUGAUUAUUCUAUUAA